GAGAGAGAGAGAGGGAGGGAACAAGAGAGAUGGAGGGGGGAGAGAGCAGUUGUCAUCCAUUGUUGAGAGGAAGGAGGGAAAGCAAAUUCAGCCAUGUUUUCUCUUCAGCUCAAAUCCAAUCAUUUGCUGCUAUAUGUGAAGCUCUUUUACCUCCUCUCUCACCGGAGGACAUCCCAGAUGCGCACCACCCCCUUCAUUCCUCUUCCUCCUACUACACAGCUUCUGCCUCUCAGCCUCCCAGAUGAGGUAGCAGAAUUGAUGGUGAAGAGGACUCUACCAGAAGCGGUGGGUGGAGUGAGGGUAUUUCUGAAGAUGCUGUCAUUGAGAUUGGGAACAUUUUUGCUGUGUGGGAAAUGUUGCUUCGACUGGAAAUGGCCAUUCAUUCACAAAUUCUCUGAAAUGUCAUUUGUACAAAAGAGAACAAGUCCUCAAGGAAUGGUCGAGGCAAAAGCUUGUCAUCACAAUCAGAUUGGUGUUCAUGGUGGUCAAGAUGCUCUGCUUCUACACCUUCUUCUCCAGGGUAGUGCUGCAUUACAUCUAAUUAUUUAUAACUGCAGUAAGAAUUUACUUAUACCAGAUAUUUGAAAUUAAUAGAAACGCUCUAUGAGUAUGUCAACCAUCAAUUAUUUUUUGUUAUUCUGUGAAAAAUCUUCUUAAAUAAGAACUAAAAUAACAAAAAUAUCCUCAAUUUAAUAAACAAUGGGCCAAAAUGAUUUUACAAAAACUAAGGGUAAUUUUUUCGUUUUAUCCUUUAACGGAUAUUUUUCAUGAAAUGACCAAAAUGAUUGAGAGUGGACAAACUCAGAUACCAAUUCUAUCGAUUUUAAAUUUCAAGGAUUCAUGUAAGGAAUUAUACGAAUUUCUAUACUA